AAAAGUCAGAGCUAAGAAAAAUAAUUAAUUCUUUUUUCAUUCAGACACCGUGUGGUCCCCAACACCAGCCUGUCCGAAAACCCAAACUUGAUACACAAACACAGACCACCGAAGCAGCUCACAUUCACAUCUCUCUCCUCUGUGUUUCUCACUCCCCACUUUCUAAUCGCCGGCUAUUCAACUAAACAUCGACAAAAAACAAACUUCAAUUCUCCAAAAACAUAUUUUUUCUUUCUUGAUUCCUUCUUCAACAGAUUAUUUCAAUCUUACAGAGCACCAUGGAUCGUUGUAUCUAUGGUUGCUCCGCCAUUACUCUCUUCUUCCUCCUCCUCACUGCAUCCGCUCUCGAACCGGGUCACCACAACGUCACCGGGUCUGGUCAAAUAAACUCCAACUCCGUUCUCGUAGCUCUCCUUGACUCUCGUUACACUGAGCUAGCCGAGCUAGUCGAGAAGGCUCUCCUUCUCCAAACCCUCGAAGACGCCGUCGGUCGUCACAAUAUUACUAUUUUCGCCCCUCGCAAUGAAGCCCUCGAGCGUGACCUCGACCCUGAUUUCAAACGCUUCUUGCUCCAACCAGGUAACCUCAAAUCUCUCCAGACGCUUCUCUUGUCUCACAUUAUCCCCAAACGAGUCGCCUCCAACCAAUGGCCUGACGAGAAUUCGGGUCGGGUCAAACACGUUACGCUAGGCAAUGAUCAAGUGCUGCAUUUAACUCAACUCAAAGGAACCAACGGCAAGAGACUGGUCAAUUCCGCUGUCAUUACCCGACCCGAUGAUUUGACCCGACCCGACGGUUUGAUCCACGGUAUCGAGCGGCUUUUGAUCCCUCGUUCCGUUCAAGAAGAUUUCAACCGACGCAGAAGUCUCCGAUCAAUCUCCGCCGUUUUACCCGAAGGAGCUCCUGAAAUCGAUCCGAGAACCAACCGUCUCAAAAAACCCGCAUCCGCCGCAGUUCCCGCCGGAUCUCCGCCGGUGCUUCCGAUUCAAUCCGCUAUGGCUCCAGGUCCUUCGCUAGCUCCGGCUCCGGCUCCGGGACCAGGAGGUGCUCGCAAACACUUCAACGGCGAUGCUCAGGUCAAAGAUUUCAUCCACACAUUGUUGCAUUACGGCGGAUACAACGAAAUGGCCGAUAUCCUCGUGAAUCUGACGUCGCUGGCGACGGAGAUGGGUAGAUUAGUGUCUGAAGGUUACGUCCUCACCGUGUUAGCUCCGAACGACGAAGCUAUGGCGAAAUUGACGACGGAUCAGCUGAGCGAGCCCGGAGCUCCGGAGCAAAUCAUGUAUUACCACAUUAUACCCGAGUAUCAGACGGAGGAGAGUAUGUAUAAUUCGGUUAGGAGAUUUGGGAAGGUCAAAUACGAAACGCUGCGUUUUCCUCACAAGGUUGGUGCUAAGGAAGCUGAUGGUUCGGUUAAGUUCGGUUCUGGUGACCGGUCGGCUUAUUUGUUUGAUCCGGAUAUUUACACCGACGGUCGGAUAUCGGUUCAAGGGAUCGAUGGUGUUCUGUUCCCAGAGGAGGAAGAAGAGACGGUUAAGAAAUCGACCGGUUCGGCUAAGAAAGUUGUUCAACCGAGAAGAGGGAAGUUGCUGGAAGUAGCAUGUAGAAUGCUUGGAGCAAUAGGCAAGGACUCAUAUCUAAGCAGAUGCUGAUGAAUUCAUCAAACCUGGAAGAGAUUAUUUAAGAAACAUCUCUCGAGUGUUGUCUGUAUACACAUAUCAAAGGUUCUUUGGACAAGGAUGAAAGACUUGGAGGAAAAGAGCAGGACAAACGAAACAAAACACAAGAGAGGGAAUAACAUCAAUGUUCAAAGCAUAUUCUUCAAUGGGAAUAUGAAAGAGGGGUUUUGUUGGAUUUUUAUUUCUAAUAUGAGAAAAGUAUAUUAUUAUUUUUAUUUUUGGGUGGGGGUUUUGAGUUUUGGGGGUUAUAAAUACUGUAAUUAGAUAGAUAUGUGAACUUCAUUUUUUCAAUUGAUUUGGUGUAAUGAAAAUGAAUCAUAAAGUGGGGAACAAAAGAAAAAGACUUUUUUUGAGUACC